CGUAGCUGUGUCUAACGGUCGACCAAAAACAUGGUGAAGUUGGGAGCAUGGCUGCCAUUUGCGGCGUUGAGCGGUCUAUUAUACACGCCUACCGUCCUGGGACAGUACAGUCAAGACUAUGACGUUGAUACUACCACUGGCGAUCUUCUCUACACGCCAAACUCAGGCGACUUGCCGAUUCUCGUGAUCAGGACUGAGGAUGUCACAGUGCAUUUGGAAUACAACUGCUACUACAUGAGAGAAAUUUGCGCCAAUGCGGAUAAUUUCUACACGCUGUCGCGAGGCCAGACAUUACACCCUGUGAACGGUCUCAGCAACACAGAGUUCGGGUACGAUAUGAAUGUAGCUCGCAAGGAAGACCGGCGCGAUCAAUCGUGUCCGGACUCGUGGAAGAGGCACCAUUCUUGUCCUGAGCGAGGACAGCCAGUCCAACAAAAACCCAUGAGACAUGAUGGCAUGUGGUGGACAAUAGAUACGGACCCAAAUGUCAAUGGCCGACCAAAUCUGCACAUAAGGGACAUGCAUAUCAGCACUAUAUCUGGGCCAAUCAUCCAUCUAUCCAACAUGUCGUAUACAUGCGACGAGUUUCCUCCAGCGACUUGGGUUGAAGGUGGAAGCGGGAGUUCUCUGAAUAGCGCGGCCGAGACACGAUGUGCUGCAAUGGGUUGCGGUAGAGCCAGGGCAGAACAAAAUUGGCAAGCUUCUGCACACUCGCAGCUCCGUGGCAAGCUGCAUAAACAUGCCAAAGAUCUUUCCGGAUAUGACGGGGGGGAGUCCAUCGUCUUGUUUCAGUUCAGAUACUCAAACAACGGGCCCGACGGAGCCGCUGCCCGCAUCAUUGAAGAGUUUGAAGACGGCCAUCUGGUCGAGACGUUCACCGAAGUGUGGCGUCGCCAAACCCACGGCACCUUGCUACCUCAUUUGCGCCAUACUCGUCCACCGUUCUCACGUGAAGAGCGCAGGGCCCUCAUCGAGGCCGGUGAGGCUCUUGAGACUAUCAUACACGCCGAUAUGUCACGUGUAAGUGUUUGGGUCCUUGCAUCCAUCACACCCAAGGCGCGGGAUUUGCUGCCUUACGACACGGUGGCGCCUUAUUCCUGGGCCGCAUUUGGCCUCAACAGCACGACCCAGAACGCCACUUACAUGCUUCCGAGAACCUUGCCCUUCGUUUCCAUACCUCGAGCACGGAGCAUAGCUGACGGUUAUGCAACCCCGUUGCUCAAGAGAGCCACAGCUCACGACCUGCAGGCCGCACGCGAGACGGUCAAGAAGGCACAGGCCGCAGCCAAUAAGCUGAACAAGGCGCGUGUUGCAAAUCCGCUGCGCAACAAGUACAGCCUGAAGCCUGGCACUGUGGUCGGCGGAAGCAGCAACACUACAGUGAAAUCGAAGAGGCUGACUGCCCGUGAUUCCACGGCAGAGACUGCCCCACCACUUUUGGAAAUUACGGAUGAGAUUGCGGCUGCAGCAGCUCUCGUGGCUGAGGCAGAGGCAUCGGUCGGCUCUUUCAACAGUACUUCGAAGCGAAGGAUAGCAGCCCGGUCCGGAACCUUCUGGAUGGAACAUCUUGCUCGCAAAGGUACUGUGCCAUGGGGAGACGACCCGAACCAUGUCGUGUUCCGAAACGUACUCGACUAUGGCGCGAUUGGUGAUGGUGUCACGGACGACACAAAAGCCAUCAAUAAGGCCAUGGGGACAAAUAGCACUGCCUGUGGCAAGGGCUGUAAUGGUUCAACUACGAAGAACGCUAUUGUUUACUUUCCACCGGGAACGUACCUGGUUUCUUCAACGAUUGCUAUGCCCUACGGAACGCAGGUCAUUGGUGACGCUAACGACCGCCCAAUCAUUAUGGCUGCAUCCAGCUUCGUCGGCCUAGGUGUACUAUCCAAUGACGAGUACACCGGUUCGGAAGGCAAGGGAACGGACGGUGGAGAUCCUGAAUACUACGUCAAUACGGCCAAUUUCUAUCGCCAGAUACGGAAUAUCGUCAUCGAUAUCCGAAAGAUUGCUUCAGGCCAGACUGUGACGUGUCUCCACUACCAAGUUGCACAGGCGACAAGUACGCAGAACCUUGAGCUCAUUGCAGCUGCUGGUUCUGAGCAGAUCGGCAUGUUCGCAGAGAAUGGCAGCGGCGGUGGAAUCUCUGAUAUCACGUUCACAGGUGGUGGCAUUGGUAUCAAAGGCGGCGAGCAGCAGUUUACAGCACAGCGCCUUACAUUUAAUGGCUGUACAGUGGGUGUCCAGGUCAUCUGGGAUUGGGGCUGGGUCUGGAGAUCCAUUACUAUGAACAAUGUGGGCACAGGCUUCAAACUGGUUGGCGACGGCGGUGUAGGCAACAUCGGAUCGGCUUCAAUUAUGGACUCCUCCUUCACCAAUGUUCAAACCAUGGUUACUCUCAAUCCCAUCACAGCAACCCCAGGACAGGGAAGCACUGGCCUUGUUCUAGAGAACCUUGCCCUCUCUGGAGUGGGUGCCGCUGUUGUCGACACAACUGGUGCCACACUCCUGCCUGCGUCCUCAACCAUCGACCAAUGGGUUAUUGGCCCCGUCUACGAGGGUUCCGCAAGCGCGCGCAGUUUCUCCAAUGGCGGCAAGGUCGGAGAGUUUCGCAGACACCAGUCCCUCCUGGACUCUCAGGGCAACUACUAUGAACGUCCCAGACCCCAAUACGAGGAUCAGGACGUCUCCAUGUUUGUGCAUACUAAGGACCUCGGAUGUAUGGGUGACGGCUCUACAGAUGAUACUACUGCCUUCCAGACUGCGGUUUUCUCAAGUGUUGGCAAGAUCCUCUUUAUCGAUGCCGGCUCGUACAUACUGACUUCAACAAUCACUAUUCCUCCAGGCGUCAAGAUUAUCGGAGAAACAUGGUCGCAGCUAGUGGCUUCUGGCGCCUAUUUUUCCGAUGCUAGUAAUCCAAAGGUCCUGAUUCGGGUCGGCAGACCAGGAGAUAUUGGCACCGUAGAGAUACAAGAUCUUAUCUUCACAACUCGUGGAGCCACAGCGGGUGCUAUUUUGAUCGAAUGGAAUCUAGAGGCAGAGAGUCCUGGAGCAGCAGGCUUAUGGGAUUGUCACGUACGCAUCGGAGGUGCUACCGGAACCGAGUUAACACCCGCCGAGUGUCCCCCAGUUACGAGCGGUGUUAACCCCCAGUGCUCAGCAGCAAGUCUGAUGAUGCAUCUUACACCCUCUGCAUCUGGCUACUUUGAGAACAUGUGGCUUUGGGGAGCGGAUCAUAUGAUUGAUGACCCUGAUCUAAAGAGCGAGAGUAAUCCGAUGGUGCAGACCUCAAUUUAUAUCGCGCGUGGUUUCCUGAUAGAAAGUGUAAAGCCUACUUGGCUGUAUGGCACAGCUUCCGAGCAUGCUGUGUUUUAUCAAUACAACUUCUAUGGCGCAGCGAACAUAUAUGCCGGCAUGCUCCAGACAGAGUCUCCCUACUACCAGCCAAACCCAACCCCCCCGGCUCCUUUCACCAACGUCGUUGGCCAGUUUCCUAGUGAUCCGAAUUACUCCUGUACUGCUGGCGACGAGUUCAGUGGCUGUGAUCAGUCCUGGUCAGUCAUUAUAACCGGGUCAAAGAACAUCUUCGUCGCAAGCGCUGGUAUCUACUCGUGGUUUACAACGUAUACACAGAGCUGCAUUGACAGCCAUAGUGGCCAAAAAGUUCUGAUGCUCUUGAAGGACAACUUUUCCAACAUUCGAAUUCAGAAUCUAAUUACAAUUGGCGCCAAAUACAUGGCAGUCAUGGAAGGGAAAGGUAUCCCGGCUAUCGACAAUCUCAACGUCGAGGGCCACCCCAGAUGGUCGCAGAUCAGUGUGCUCGAUGUUGGCCGUGAUGGUCAAACCCAAUUCGACGAAAAGGUCUGGAUCGACCGCAAGAUUUGGGAUAUGGACCAGCCUGCGUUCACAUGCUCAGCCCCUUGCUACGUCCAGAUCCCACCGUACAAGGGAGCAACCAAUGUCGUCGACUAUCCCCUGGUGACCGUUAGCCAGGGGGCAUGGACAAGCACAAUCACCAAGCCACCAUUGACCAUUACAGAGUGGGUUUUUGAGCCCAUGAGUAUCACCAUGGAUGGUGCUCCUGGAGUACACAAGCGUGCGCAAACAACACAGGUUACUCCAGUCCUAGCCACGACUCCGAUCUGGCCUGGCUUCGUCUACUACGGAGGCGAGGAUGGCCUACUGACAACGACCGCGGCCACCGUCCCAUUUCCCACACCCUCCACUGCCACGAUCAAUGGUCGCGGGGGAGGAGAUUCUAAUGGUGUAGACUUGGUCGCGUUGGCAGGAAUCAUCCAGGUCAUUUAUGGGUCACUGAACUCUCCAACGACGAAUCUGUGCAACUACACCGACUGGGACGAUCCAAGCUGCCCUCCAAAGCCGUACACCAACACCGCAGGCUCGGAUGGCUACGGUUGGGCUUGGGGUGGAAGCCUGACGACAGUGAACGAAGAUGCCGAAAUAGAGCCGCUAUGCCUGUUGGACAUAGACCCCGAGCUGCCGGGUCGUGAUAUUACCGCAACGGCUCCCGCGCCGCCCACGCCGACACCAACGAAUAUCCUGGGCGAUCCGCAUGACAAUGCCGUCAGGUGUUUCAAUAGUGGUGAACAGACGGAGCAGGAACGUAUGUUCUACGCCGCAGACGCUUUCUGUGGUUCUCUCGAGGACGACGACAUGGGUCCUGGGUAUUACAAGCUCAGCACGUCCAAGUUCAACUUCAACGGAGGUGUUGGGUGGGUGUCGAUUGAUGUGUCGCUGGAAGUCAAGGAUGGUUGUCGCUUCGACUACGAUAGAAAGCUGUGCAACAUGUAUUUGGCCAAGACUGCCUUGUCGUGCAACUGCGACCACACUUACGGCAAGCAGGGAGGCGUCCUGGAGAAUCACUGCUACACCUGGAUGGUGGAUCCACAAUGGAAUCUCUAGGCUAGGACAAGGUCCCGUAGACAACAUGAAGGGGUAUUCGCACUUCAUGUAUUGUUCUAAAGAUUGGGUAGAGUACAAACAAAGAAAGUUCGUCAUAAUUCCAGUAUAUUGCCGUCC